AUGUCCGGCACGACCGCGAAUAAAACUGUAAUAGAUCGCGCAUUUGCGAACGACUCGAAAUUGAGGAAGAGAAUCUUCGAUGCCAUCAGGGAAAUACCUGAUUAUGUUGAUCUCUUCGAGGACAUUGCCCAAUAUCACGUCGAUUCACAAACUCGAAAUGGCGCCUCUGCAUCGGUGGGGGACGACGAACCUGCAUCGAAGAAGCGCAAACUCCUCAACAGCUCUCUGCCCGUUAGUACUGCCCAGAAGAAUCAGCCUCGCGAAGUGAUUUUAGAAGCAAGAGAUAUCUCCUUCUCCAUCCCCCAAAGGAAAAAACUGCAUUUAGGAAUCAUUCAAUACGGCACAGACAUCAACUCUCCAUCGACGAGUUUUGCAAUAUACACCCGAAACCCUGCAACCAAUGAAAUCGAUAUGGAAGUCCCUGUGAACCAAUUCGCAUAUGUUCUACGCCUUCCAGUCCCAGAAAAGGCGGCAAAGCAAUACAAUUUCUGCCUUCUCCCGAAGUCUGACUCGCAGUUCAAUGAACCAAUCAUCUGGACAGUCAAUCACGGGCCCUUGAAAUCCGUCCAAGUCUCCAACCCAGAGCUAGCUAAAAUCGCCUCAGGCCCUGAAGAUAUCCUAGAGAAUGUCCUAGACUUCGUCUUGAAGAAGAACGGAAUCAGUCUGACACUCCCAACUGCCGAGGAAUUCGCGAGCGCAACAACUGAAUCGCAUCGGAAGGGCGACAAGGCAUAUCACGUUAAGGCGUUCCGGGGCAGCAAAGACGGGUUUCUCUUCUUCCUCUACAACGGCAUCUUCUUUGGAUUCAAGAAGCCACUCUCCUUCUUUGCCUUUGAGGAUGUUGAAUCCAUCUCGUACACGUCCGUCCUCCAACGCACGUUCAACCUCAAUAUCGCACAUCGGCCGAGCGGUCUGUCUGACGGCACCACUGCUGACGCAGAUGCAAUGAAUGCUAUCCAAGAAGUGGAGUUUUCCAUGCUCGACCAGGCCGAUUUCCCUGGCAUAGACGCAUAUGUCAAACGGCAUGGCUUGCAGGACGCAAGUCUCGCUGAGUCGAGACGUGCGAAGAAGCUCAACGCUGCCGCGAACGGGAAAGCUUCAGUGCAAUACGCUGGCGGAGAGGAUGAACGAGACGGGGGGGAAGAUACAAGGACCGAGCUGGAGAAGGCACAACAGCAGAUGGAAGACGAAGAGGAUGAGGUAGAGGAAGAUUAUGAUCCCGGGAGCGAAGGAGACAGUGAAGGCAGUGGAGCCAGCGAAGAAGAUGACGACAAGGAAUACGAGCGCGAGAGGAAGAAGAAUAAGAAAGGGAGAAACCUGGUUGCUGAGGAACUGGGCAGCGAGGCUGAGGAUGUCGGUAUUACUGAGGACGAAACCGAGGCCGAAGAAGACAAAGAGGACGAAGGCGAUGGAGCGGAGGAUUACGAUGAGGAAGAGGAAGAGGAAGAAGACGUUGAGCAGGCUCAACAUCCACAUCAGAACACUGCCGUUCCGCAGGGCAUCUAUCAGGGUGGAUGGGGUUAUGAAGAAGGAGCACCUGAUCCAGACGAUCCAGAUCAAUUGUAA